AUGGCCGCCAAGUUCAGACUUGAAGAGCUCGCCGAAGUGUGCGCGCACAGUCUCAAGGGUCUCUACGACACCGACGCGCUGCCCGGAAGUAGGCUUUAUGACCGAAUCAACCGGAGCAUUGGAUUCGUGGCCUGGGCGGCGCGCGAGCUGAAUCUGAACCUUCACAAACUACCAUUGAACAACGACAACAACGAGAACAACAAUAGUCAAAGUCAACGUCAACAAUUGGACAAGCGAGCGGAGAUAGCGGCGCUCCUCAGCCGGCUGGCGGUGCAUCUCAACAACACCAAGUUUUACGCGGCCCGGUUGGAACCACCACAGGGUCGAUGGCGCAAACCAGCUCGGUUCGGCUCCUUGUGGCGACGAGAUCCAAAUUUCUACCAGGAGGAGGGUGGGAAGGAGGGGGCACGGCGUGACCCCGGUGCAUCCAGCAGACUCCGGAAGAGCACGAAAAGCUGCGGUAUCUCCUCGCAGAUCCCCCCGUUGGUGGAAGAGCUCGCGACGACGGUCGUGGCCGCCGGCGCCGCCAUUCGACAAGUCUGGUUUCACGAGGCGGAUCGGCUUUUCGACCCCAACAACAACAACAACAACAACAACAACAACAACAACAACAACAAUAACAACAACAACAAUCACGACCACAAGUUCGAGAGGCAGGUGAUUCAAUGGCUGCAUGAGCGCCAGGGCACGUGGGAUCCCGAGACGCAAUCGCCACGCACCGAGUUCACAGACGUCCAACGCCGCGUGGUCCUCGCGAGCAUGAUGCGCCGCCACCGAGGUUCCUGCGCCCUGGUGCAUCACGCGCGGACGCCGGACGGCGGCCUUGUCAAGUCCAUUCACCUACUCGAUCCAAUUAAGGCGGGUAAAGAGAAGCGAGAGGAUCUAUCGUUCCUGCAGCGCAGGGAGGAGCUGUUCAGCGGCCUUGAACCAUCAGGACACCCCCCCGGAAGACUUCCUGCCUCGGUGUCUCAAGAGUUUCGAAACUCCCUUGACAGUUUGACGUGUAUCGUGCCAGGCUGUACCGACCCAGAGGCUCACUUCUUCGCCCAGGAGGAAGACUGGCGCGCACAUAUCAUGCAGGAGCACCGAGCCUUUUUCGGGUCUCUGCAACUGCAGCAAGGGCCCGAUCAUGGUGGCUGUUUUGCUGCAAUCCUGGGCGUGUUUACCUUGCGUGAAGGAGGCCCCACGGUGACGACCCCUCACCCAUGUCGUCCCUGCUGCCCCCUAUGUAAAUGGCCCAAAGACGGACAAGCGGUUGACAGCGACACCCUCAUCCACCAUAUUGCCCAGGAACUGACGUGGCUCGCCAUGGGGACGCUGUCCUGCACUUUCCUUUGGGCCGGGGAGGGCGAGUUCCGUCUCGAAGCCAUUCAGGACCACAGAUGGUCCUCUGAUCAGCAUAUGAAAGAUAGGAGUGGCUUCGAGGAUAUAUCCGAAUUGUAUGAUCUCAAGCCGGAACAGGAUGACUUCGACAGGCCUUACGAUUCUAUGUCCACAAUGGAACAUGCACGACAAGCAGAGCUCGUCAUCGCUUGUUGGCGGCUCUGGCUACAGAAGAAACCUUCCGUUCCCCCAGAUCCAUGCAAACCAGGGGCCGGGGUGAUCGUGCUGCGGCUUCGGGCGACCGGAACGUUCCUGACCUAUGUCUGCGGCGAUGCAUCGGCGGCGAUCCUUAUAGUGAUCUCGGCGGGCGCCGCCACGCGUCGAUCCUCGGAAAUGAGUUCCGACCCCCGCCACGGCAUCGACAUCGUCGAGCGAUAUCCCCCUGUACUGAAUGACGCCGUUCUGCCGCAUCGAUUGGGGAUUCGAAUUAGUUGUUUCGAGUUUCGCAAUGUGGCAGGCGAUCUGCACAGCCCAGCCCACCAGAUACGGAGUAUGGUGUCUCUGCUCAGCAGCAGCCGGAGCUCUUCGAGGAGGCUUUUUGCGUUGGUUGGAGAGGAUGUCGAAGUACUCGAGGUCGCCUGUGAUGAUCUUUAG